AGACGUGUUGGGAGCCGCGAGGCUGAAAUCCAAGCAAAAGAUACCGUCGGUACACAUAUUCGCAAUUGCGUUGUCGUAACAUGAACAAGCUAUGAUCCGUGUUGGACCUGGAUCGACAUGAUGCCGUUGAACGACUCGUCGACCGAAUCGGCGGCAAACCCGGGAACCGGAAGCGGAGAGCCUCUAGCCUGCAUUAAUUGUAGAAACAGGAAAUUACGUUGUGAUCGAGCCAAACCCGCCUGUACCCGUUGUGCAAGGCUCAACACAGAUUGUAUCUAUCCAGAGUCUAGAAGGAAACCAGCAUUCAAGCGCAGGAACGUUAAGGAGCUCGAAGCUCGGCUAGCACAAGUCGAGGUCCUCCUGCAAGAGGCUGGCGGCAACAGAAAUGCCCCCGAGGACAAGGAGAGGGCGAGGGAGGCCGAGGUUGUUGAAUUUGACUUCUCUGUCCCACCCGUGCUCGAACAUGUCUUCCUCGAGGGACUGGACUACACAGAGCCCAUAACCCCUAUUGACGGCGACCACACAUUCUCGAUGCCCCAGUCUUUCCCCUAUGCGAUGCCGUCUGCACCGUCGGAUGCGCCCCGGACUUCGAGCACCCCUUUCAGCGAUGAGCUCAUGGGCUUGGGCAUAUCAGAACCACUGCCACCGUUCGAAGUAAUGGAGGAGUUGAACCGAAUCUUCUUUGAGCGCCAUGCACACUUCGUACCCCUCAUCAAUCCUACCCGUUAUCUACAGGCCUUCUACUCGGCUCCGCAUAUGAAGCCUCCCAUGUGUCUUCAAUAUGCCGUAUGGGCUCUUGCAUGUAAUGGGAAUGACAAGUAUGGCUCGUAUCACGACAUCUUCUAUCAGAGGGCCAGGCAGUAUGCUGAAGCAGACGAGAUGAAGGGCUAUGGCGAACAUUUCAUCACAGUGGCGCAUGCUCAAGCCUGGUGCUGUAUCGCCACUGAUGAGGCAAAGUCUAUGUUGUUUACAAGGGCAGCCAUGAGCUCGGCCAGAACGGUGCGCCUCGUUGAGAUGAUGGGGCUUCACCGUCUCGACUGCCCCCCUGAAGAGAUAUCCCCAACUCUUCAGCCUCCAGCAGAUUGGCAAGAGCUCGAGGAACGGAGACGCACCUUUUGGGGUGCAUUUUGCAUCGACAGCCACUGCAGCAUAUCCACUGGGUGGCCCAACCUUAUUGAUUCUUCUGAAAUAACCACUCACCUGCCAGCUUCUGAGUGGGCAUUUCACAGUGGUCAAGAAGCCGAGUCAUGCAGAAUCGAUCAAGCUGUCAAGGGUUUCUCCUACUCCUCCUUCGGUGCAACUGUUCUCAUCUGUCAUCUCUUCAAUCAGAUCCUUAAACACGCUCAUCGGCCCAAGCCAAACGACAACCCCGAUGAUUAUGAUUACGGAGGCUUCUGGCAGAGGCACCGUGAGAUCGACAAUACAUUGUCUAGUGCCUUCAUGUUCCUACCCUCGGGCUUUCGCAUGCCUGAAAACUAUCGGGACCCUACGGCUGUCCACACAAACCUGAACCUACACGCCUCGGUCAUCUGCUUACACCAUGCCGCCAUCGACAAAAUCGACAAGCAUAAGCUUCCCAACAGCAUCAAGAAAGCAAGCCAGGAUCGCCUGCUUACCGCAGCUCAGGAGAUUGUCAAUAUUAUCAAGACGACCACCUCCGUGGACACACAUCCAAAAAGUUCGCUGGCUGCUCUAUCUCUGUACUGCGCUGCCUCGGUGUAUAUAUACCAAUGCAAGGACACGCAACCAUCACCGACCAACAUCGGUAACCUCGACUUCAUCAUCUCGGCCAUGGAUGCCAUCGGCCGAGCACACGUCAUCACUAGGGCCUUUCUAAAGCAACUCAUCCUCGACAUAGACCGCAACGGCAUUCGUCACUUUGUCAAGUUACGGAAGCCAGACUACCUGGGGCCAAGCAUCGCUGUAGGCAGUCACAACAUUCCGCUCCUAGUCCGAUCCAACAUCUCACGACACUCAGAGAUGCAGCCUCCCCUUCCUGGUCGUUUGCCCCUCGGCAAUCCAAAAGGAAAUGUGUCUGAGGAUAGAAUGGGGAAAUCCGGUACUGGUUAUACUCAGGACACCGAAGUGCACGAAGUCCAGUCGGGAUCGUCUCCUGACCAGUCGGUUGCAAACCAAAACCUGCUCGCAAAUACUUCCAGCUCAGUCCCAGGGCUUCCGCCGCGCGGGAAUGAUUGCGCGUGGUCCCAGAGCAGAGUAUUCAGACAAACUGAGUCUUCGUCGUCAAAUCCCUCUCCACCAGAGAUGAGCACGACAACCAACACGACGCCUCCAGUGGAUCAAUACAAGCCACCGUUCGCAUACAAUUCUCAGUACAACCCGGACGCCCAAUUUGCAGGCGUCACGCAUAAUCUUCCCCACCGGACCAGUUCAACAGGGAUGAAUCCCCAAAAGGGGGUCGAUAUGGGGAACAAUACAUUCGAAAACGUAUGCACGACCGAGUUUAGAACGGCGGGCCGGGAUUCAAACGCUCAAGUUCGCAGAGGGAUUGAUAAUUGGGAUAUGGCUAGUGUUUGUAUGCAGGCCCCGUUCAGAAACAGCGCGGUAACCGAACAGGCUCCCUGGACUAUGCUCAACGGCGUUGGCGGCGUGGACUGGAGCGCUGGUCAAGGUGGCUCCAAUGGGCGAGACAAAUAGAUGGGCGAGGGGCAUGUUUGCAAGUAUCGUGGCGUAUGUUAUUUGUGGUGUACACAAACAGGGCUGAGGUCGAUCAUGGUUUAACGCAGCGAAUGAUGACUCACGUUGAUUAUUGGAUGGCCUGGCUAGCGAAUAGAUCACAACAUGGGGUAUAAUAUUAGAUGAUCUGGCUGCGCGGAUAGAUGGAUGAAUGUAACUUGACUGAGCCACUAAAUACUCUAAUCUGCUCUUGGAAAGAAUUAGAUAUACCUAUAAUUUAUACGGUGGGGGGUUUAUUAAUUCUUACGUACUGUUCUAUGCAAGCCUACGGCUUAUGAGGACAUUGGCUUAAUAGGCCUUUAAUCUAUACGAUAAUACUCC